GUCCAAGUGCCCGGAGUCCUUCAGUGUUUAACAAAAGCCGCAAAGGCAGUCAUGCUUAUUCGAAGCUGUUUAUCAAGCCUUAGGUAGAUUAUGGAGAUGUUAGAAGUAUUUGCGGAAUAGUGAGUGGUCGUGUGGCUUACAUUCAGGAUAGUAGGCGCUACAUGUUGAACGAACGCGCAUCCUGGGAGAAGUUCUUCAUUCUUGACAUUAAUAUUCACCUUCUUGCUCUACGACCUCACUCAGAAAGGAAGGACUGCUGCUGUUCGCCAAUGCAAUGUUUUUCAGCCUGCUCAACAACCAUACUGCGAAGUUCUUUUUGCUGUGUUUGGCAGUCAUCAAGCUAACGGAGAGCUUCGUGGCUGUGCCCGAUGAAGACGCCAACAGAACUACUGCAGAGUUAAUAGCAAGCAAGGGCUACCCCGUGGAAGAGUACACCAUCACGACCGAGGAUCACUAUGCCAUAACGGUGCAUAGGAUACCAGCAGGACGGGUAGGAGUGCAAGGAUGGCCAGGAAUGCAAAAGACAGUGGCCUUUUUGAUGACCGGGCUCGAAGGAAGCAGCGCAGACUUUGUGGUAAACAUGCCACAUCAGAGUCUUGGUUUUAUAUUAGCCGACCAUGGCUACGACGUAUGGUUGGGUAACGUCAGGGGCACCAAGUAUUCAAACCACGCCUGGCUGAGAAAGGAAGGAAAAGAUUUUUGGGAUUUUAGUAUUGACGAAAUGGCCGCAUACGACCUACCAGCGCAAUUAGAUUGGAUACUCCAAAAGACGCAGCAGCAUUCACUGCAGUACGUAGGGUGGUCCCAGGGAUGCGGUAUCAUGUUUGCCUUGCUUGCGGAGAAGCCAGGAUACAACGACAAGAUUCAACUUUUCCAGGCUAUAGCACCUGCAGUUUUCUUGGGUCACAUGACGUCGCCUAUGAAACGUCUGUCUGCGCAUUCCAAACCGAUAUACGAGAUCGGUGAGGUUAUAUUUCAGGGAACAGUGCUGGGAAGACACAACGACUUCAUCGACAAAAUUAAGCAAAUGUCCUGCAACCCAGUUUUUCCAAGCAUCUCCUGCCGGGCGGCUUUCUUCUUCGUCAACAGAGGAUUCCCUGUUGACAUAAACAUGACCAGGCUGCCUGUGUACCUGGGCAAUAGCCCUUCUGGGUCAUCCGUGCGCAAUCUCCUUCACUACGGUCAGUUGACAAAGUCGAAGAGAUUUCAAAAAUUUGACUGGGGACCAAAAAAGAACUGGAAAGUGUAUGGAAAGCUACUACCACCGAAGUACGACUUGCGCAAAGUCACAACGCCAGUAGCCAUCUACUGGGGCGAUGGAGACGUGCUCGUCACCCCACGUGACGUAGCCCGCCUAGCGAGGAGCCUGCCCCAUGUUGUACUCAACUACAAGGUGCCCAUACCCGGCUUCACACACUUUGACAGCGUGUGGAGUGUCACAGCUUGGAAGCACCUUUACAAAAAAAUUUUAGAACUGAUGACAAAGUACUCUUCUUCUAUAUCAACUGUGCACAUGUCGCCCCACAAUUCAAACGAAUAAAAUAAAAAAAAUGUUCUGACACCUCGCA